CGAGUGUGGUGUGCGAGAGAGACGGCACGAUGGAACGAGAGAGAAAGACGGCCAAGAGACAGGCAGCAGAACUCGCGAGGAGCGGUCCGUCGGUGCGUCGCGCUCUCGUCACCGCUUGACGAACAACACCUCACACAAGAAGCCCCAGCCUCGCCCCCGGGGGCCAUGCGAGGCCCCUCACGUGCGCCCCCCGUUUGUUUUGGUGCCAGUGCCGCCGCGAUGCGGUUGUGAGGUGCGCGCCCCUGCCGAACUUGACAUCCGCCCGUCGCUCCAGCAGAAACAGCAUUUUUGUUAUCCGCGUGAAGCGACCCCCGCGAAGUGAUCAGUGACUCUUGCCCCCGACUGACUGACAGACUGUCGCAGCCGAGAUGCCGCGCGUCAAGCAACACUGUCCCAAAAGAAUGAAAUGGGAAGGCGGCGUGGAGAUCCCUUGCACCGACCAGGACGAAGGGGCCGAGUCGAGCGACGGCGAAAACUCGGUCGGCUCCGGGCCGGUCAGUCCUCCAGCCGAUGACAAUCCGCUGGAAGAGGCCAUCGCCAUCAGCCGAAAGUCGAUGAGUCCCCCGGCCAAACUGAGCGUCGUCUCGCCGGAGCUUCUCAUGCAGAGCCCACGAUGCGACUCGCGCGACCCCGUUUUGUCGGUGGGCCGGUCGGUGUCCAGAAGCUCGUCGGAGGCGAUGGAACACACGCCGGGCGUGAAGCGCCACCUGGACAGCGAGGACGAGAAUCUGCCGACGGAAGAGGGCAUUUUGGAUUUUAGUAAAAAGAAGCAUCGAGGCAGCACUGCAGACAGCGCGUGCCUCAACCUAACCAAGGGAUCUCAAGUGGCGGCUCCGAGCGUGGAGCCACUCAACGGGCCUCUCGACCUGUCGUGCUCGUCGCGGAAACGCAACGCGCAGCCCACCGCACAGGAUGCCAAGGUGGUCAAGCAGCAGAGAACCGAAUUCCCCAAGAAUAAUUGGGCGCUGGGCAACUUCCCCUUCGGCUACACUGGCAAGCCGGCCAAACGGGAAGAGGAGGAGUGGAACGGAAAGAGUCCGAUGAGCGUGAAGAAGUUUUCGGAGACAACGAGCAAGUCGCUGAACGAGCUGUCCAAGCUGGGCGAGGACAUGUUCCGAAGCCAGAUGCCACCGCGACAGACGGCGUGGCAGAGCCACUGGGUCAACAAGGGCAGCAUCGAAAAGAACAAGGAGGUUUUCAAGUGCGUCUGGUGCAAAAGCUCGUUCCACUCGUUGGCCCAGCUGACGACACACAUGAAGGAGACCUCACACUGCAACAGUAACGCGCCACCGCCCUCCCAAAGUUCCUCUGGCAAGAACUCGGACCUGAACCUGCUGAUCAAGGAGACGAUGCCGCUGCCCAGGAAGCUGGUGCGCGGCCAGGACGUUUGGCUCGGCAAGGGUGCAGAACAGACGCGGCAGAUCCUCAAGUGCAUGUGGUGCGGCCAGAGCUUCCGCAGCCUGGCCGAGAUGACGUCGCACAUGCAGCAGACGCAGCACUACACCAACAUCAUCUCGCAGGAGCAGAUCAUCUCUUGGAAGUCGGCCGAGGAGAACAGCUCGGGUGGCGGCGGCGGUGGCUCCAAGGCCUCAGCCAGCAACAGCACCGGUGGAGGUAGCGGCGGUGGUGGGGGUGGCGGCGCCAGUCAAACCACCGCGCCCACCCCUCCACCCACCUCUCAGCAGUCGCAUGUGACGGCCGUGCUCACCUGUAAGGUUUGUGAUCAAGCAUUUUCCAGUCUCAAGGACCUCAGCACUCACAUGGUGAAGAACUCGCACUAUAAGGAUCACAUCUUGCGCUCGAUCGCGGAGACGGGUGGCAGGCGUCGUCAGAAUCGCGAGAAACGCAAGAAGUCGCUGCCGGUGCGCAAGCUGCUCGAGCUGGAAAGGGCGCAACACGAAAUCAACGCUUCGGCUAAGAACGGCUCCGAGUCGAUCAAGAAGCUGGCCACUUCGUCCAAGAUCUCCUGUGAAAAGUGUGGCGAGAAAAUCGAUACCUCAAUAUUCGUCGAACAUAUCCGCUUGUGCGUCGGCAACGCGAGAAACUUGCUCAAGUCGGCGCUGCUGUCGAACGAGACGACGCCCGAACGGGACGUUCCUAGCGACGGCAAGAAAGAGCAGCAGCAGGCGUCGCCGUCAGACGCAGGCGCCACCGCCGCGGAGGCGUCCUCCGGCAGCUCUACCUCACCCUCGGUGCUGAACGCGAUCGAGAAGCUGAUCGAGAAGAGUUUCGACUCGAGAGGCAGACAAAACUUCCACCAUUCCGCCAUGCCCAAUCCGAACCUCGGCUCGAGCAUAUUGAAGCGGCUGGGCAUCGACGAGAGCGCCGACUACACCAAGCCGCUUGUCGACUCGAGCACCAUCAACCUGCUGCGCAACUACCCCGCCUCACAGCUGCUAAGGCCGCGCGAGCGCAGCGGCAGCGAGUCGAGUUCGCGGUCGCAGACCCCCGACCGCAAGUCCACCUCCCAAGUCACCCCCUUGCCGGCCACCAUCGACGAGAACUCGCAGCCCAAGUCGUUGGCGGCGGCGGCCUCGCCCUCCUCCCCGAAGCUGGAGCCGCUGCCCAAGAGUCCGAAGAGCCCCUGCACCACGCCGUCGGCCAAGGACGAGAAAGAAUCGAACCAGGCGUCCUCCGACGAGGAGGGCAAACCAGAAAAACCGGUCGUCUCGCCAAAAAACGUGCGGCGAACCCCCAGUCCGGCAGGAAGCGAAAGGUCCGAGGCCAAUGAACGCGACAGCGAGCGUAGCACGCCCAAGUCGGACAGUGCAAAGUCGCUGAACGCGCUCUCGAACAUGUACGACAGCCUCUCGGGCAAGUCCUCCGCCGAGAAUGGGGGUGCUAGCACAGGAAAGAACCCUUCGAGCCACCCUCUGGCCGCGCUACAGAAGCUGUGCGACUACACGGACCGCACGUCGGCCAACUCGAGCCAGUCGUCGUCGCCGCUGGCGCUGAGCAACCCGGGCGCCAUCCUGGCAUUCACCUGGGCGUGCAACGACGCCGUCGUCGGCAACGCCGAAUCGGCGCUCAUCAAGUGCGCCUUCUGCGACACGCCCUUCAUCUCCAAGGGCGCCUACCGUCACCACCUGUCCAAGAUGCACUUCGUCAAGGACGGCAACCUCAACGCCGACAACGCCAAGAGCAACAAGAAGACGCCAUCUCCGCCUGUCGCCAGUACAAGCUCCUCGCUCGAAUCAAAUUCGGCCCGCAAGACGCCCCCCAACAACGACGCCGCCCCCGCAGCCGGUAGCGCCGCGGCCGCGGCCGCCGCUGCUGAAGAGUCGCCGCACUCGAAAUUCCUCAAGUAUACCGAACUCGCGAAGCAAUUAUCCAGCAAGUACGUCUGAAUUGUUUGGCAAGAAACAUACACGAUUGCUGAGUGCCAUUUACGAAGAUAAUUCCGACACAUCCCAUCGACUCAGACUGGUGAUCACGUGUCUUUGUGCUAGACCUGAUACGAAAACUUGUAUACUAAUAGAGAAACAGCCAUUUCUGGAUAGCAGUUUACUCAGAUUAAUUACGACAAAAAAUGUUUGGAAAAUGUUGAAAAAGAUUCACCUCUUCUUAUAUUCGAGCGUUGUUUUCUGAACCAUGUACGAAAAACAGCGGUCGGCCGUGCGACUUGGAUUCUAAUUAUAUAAUAAAUGCAACAACUGCUCUUUUGUAACGCCACUCGCGGCGCUUUAUGGAAUUAAUCACUGACGACGAAACGAACACAAUACCCCAAGUAUACGGCAUUCGAUGGUUGUACCCGCGAACGAACAAGUCGCACCCCAACUGCGCAGAUAUACGAUUCAAGUGGCCAUACUGACUUAAAUAUACACACACACUAUAGAGAGUUAAAGAAAUAAAAAAAGCAACAAGCGGAUAUUACAUAGUCAAGCAGUUAGCGCGUAACGAAAGUAUAUUUCUACUGCUUAAAUUUUAAUUUUCGCUAUCGUGUACAUAUUCAAAGAUCAUGACAGGUGGUUCGUGCAAAAUUAACAUUUAAUAAUUGCUCACUGUCCUCUCCAUCCUGUUAUCAGAAAAAGCAACGUCAACCAAGCCGACGCACCGGCCCCGCUCUUCCUCGCACGCCAUCUUUGAGGAGAGCGAGCGCGGAUGCGUGCGAAAUAAUAAAAACUUUGUAUACCUCUUGAAAGUACGUAAACUGAAAAUGCUCAUUUACAUUAAAAAGAGUAUCAGUGGCGAGGGCGAAAGUCUCGAGCGCGCCACGUUUGUUUUCUUCGCAGAAAUUAGUAAAAAAAGCAGUAUUAUAUCCACGAGCGCAAAUUUAUAUAUAUUGCAUUGCAACACACACAAAAACUCGAAAAAUUUUCAUGGCUAUUGAUUUUCAUAACGGUAAAAUGUUUUCAUAUCUCAAUUUACGCAAAUAUCUUCCAUAAUGUUAAGAAUCUUUGAAAAUCAAAAGCACACACACUAUUCAUUGUUCAUUCAUUGAAAUUUAUUUUUGUCAUCGUGUAGCAAAAAUUAUUGUUGAGAGUCAAAAUACGAUGAAAUUUGAGGCCGAGGUGAAACUUAGAGUAUAACAAUUUAAAAUGAAUGAAAGGUACAACUCACUUGUUAUACAAACUUUUCAUUAGGUUUUGUCUUCGCAGACGGUACGAUAACAUUUUCUAUUCCUUGAGAAAUCAAAGUGAUGUGUAAAUUAUAAUUUAUCUCGUGAUUUUGUACAGUAUAUAGUUGGGUAAAUUUUUAACGUGCAAAAACAAAGGGUUCCCUAGUCGUGCCGGUCGGAUCGAGCUAACCACGCAUCUCUGAACAAUAUGUGAGGGACCCUUUUAAAUAUGUGCUCAAAUUAUAAAGACUUUGCUUUCUGUAACUUAAAUUAUUAUUGCGACACUUCUGCCAUAUAUUGUGUUAGCUCUUGCCUGGUAAAUAAACAUGUUUCGUUGCAUUUCUUUGCGUUUCUGCCCACAAAGGAUGGAUCGCUGCUGAAUGACACGAUUACAAGUGAAAAUGAUUUGUUUAUUUCUGAUUAUUAUACCAGGAAAUGAGGUGUAAUAAUAACACUGCGCGCAUUUCUGUCGGGAUCUUUACGAAAAGAUGAAAAGCAAUUGCCAAUAUAAUACAGUGAGAGAUACGAUUUGACGACAUGAAAAUGUUUUUAAAAAAUCUAUGUGUAAUUAUAAAUAAAAAACCAAUCUAAAAUGGCUA